GGUAGGAUAAGUAGAGAAGAAAGGAAUCCAGAAGGCACUGGAAGCAGUGUGGAGUCAACGGGUGGAGCACGGAACACAGGAAGGCUGUAAAUCAAAACAUGAUCCUCCAGGUAGAUGUGGCAGGAGAGAGAAUCUACAAGAGAGCAAGCGAAAAACAAGAACAGGCGAGAUAAGGGUAAGGUGAAAGGGGUUAAGUUACUGUCUUGUGACGUUAAAGUAGUGUCUGCUCAGUGUGAACCGCAGAAGAAGGAAGUGCAGAGCUGACUGACUGACGGAGUGGGAGGAUUAAUGUGAGAAACUGGAACAAGUGACAAAGUGAAACAGAGAACUGAGUUAAACACGCGACUGUAGUACACAGUGACGUUGUUUGAAAUGAGACUGCAAACAAAAGUUUGCAGGUAGGACAGACUCCGGAGACACAAGAAAGUACAAGCCCGGGAUAGACAGCAGGAAAAUCUGACAUAACGCCACCAUGUUGAUGAAGGAGUACAGAAUAUGCAUGCCUCUCACUGUGGAGGAGUACAGAAUUGGCCAGCUGUACAUGAUCAGUAAGCACAGCCACGAGCACAGCGAGGGAGGAGAUGGUGUUGAGGUCGUCCGGAAUGAGCCUGAUACACACCCUAAAUACGGACUUGGUCAAGUCACCGAGAAGCGUAUUUACCUCAACAGUAAAUUGCCCUCCUGGAUGAAGAAGUUUGUCCCUAUGAUCUUUUAUGUCACAGAAAAGGCCUGGAACUUUUACCCAUACACUAUCACAGAAUACACAUGCUCCUUCCUUCCCAAGCUGAGCGUCAAAAUCGAGACACACUUCGAGAACAACAAUGGCAGCAAUGAUAAUGUGUUUGAAGACAAACCCACCCCGAAAGACAGCGUCUCCUUCUUGGAUAUACUGAGCGACCCGAUUCCUGACAAGUAUUACAAGAAAUACGAGGACUUGAGCAACUGGGUGUCAACUAAGACAGGGCGCGGCCCCCUGGUGGACGGCUGGAGAAAUAACACAGAGCCCAUCAUGUGCUCCUACAAGCGAGUGCAGUGCAGUUUCGAGGUCUAUGGGUUCCAGGGCCGGACAGAAGAGUUCAUUCACAGGAAUAUCCGUGACAUCCUCUUGGUAGGACACAGACAGGCAGUGGCAUGGAUAGAUGAGUGGCAUGGGUUGAGCCUGGAGGAGGUGAGGGAGUUUGAGAAGCAGCUGCAGCAGGAGACGAACGAGAAGAUGAAGACCGACAUGAGUGGCUCAGGCUCAGUCGUUCCUGAGCGUCCCUCCUUAUCCCGCUCUGUCUCGGUCACGGAUGCGGCAUCACUGAUGAAGAUGGGGGUGAACACUGUGGAUAUUACAGACUCUUCAUCAUCAUCACAUUCCCCUGGAUUCAGGGGGCCUAAGAGAUUAAAUUCAUCAUCACACUAACAUCCUACAUGUGAAAUGAAACAACCAGCCAAAUACUGUUACCUUUCAACACUGUUGAAGAAUCCAUCAAGAUAACCAUAAUCAGAUGUAUCUUUCAGACACAUAAGCUAUGCACAAAAUUUUUUUUUUUUUUUUUUUUUUUGGUGGGGAGGGGGCAGUAGUACAGGGUUAUUUUUUUAUUAUUAUUAUUAUUUUAAUGCACACUUUCUAGCCAGUCUCCUAUUGUAUGACAACUCUUCCUCCAGGACACAUGAUGCAACCACAUUUGUAUAAACUGCUGCUACAAGGAACUACACAGAUGCCAGAAUGUGCCAGGACCACUGUUUCUAGCUUCCCUAGCUACUCUUAAUCCAUGCCAUUCAUGUUCCAAGGAAAAGGGUGAAAAAAUCUUCUUCCCACCUGCAGAGCAGUUGCUCUAUACAAUAAAUCCUGUUAGUAUUCUAUCCUGUUUACACAACCUAACACAAUCCCAUAUGCUUUUCCAUUGACCUUGACAGGUUGUAUUGCACACCUUCUGGUCUGCCUAAGUCAAACAGUAUGCGCAUGCAACCCUAGCAAAUCCCCAUUAUGACAUCACAAAUACACCAGCAAUAUCUGCUUUAGAUCUCCUGGAAGAUGACUUCCUGCUUCAAAAUCAGUUAACCUGUGCAAGACAUUUUUUCCAUACUUGCUUUUGCUCAGUUGUUAAUAACACCUCCCCGUGGUACAAACGCACAAUGCACAUAUUCUACAUGAAAGAGAAAAUUAAUUACAAUACCUGAACUUGUAAAGAAUGCACAAUAUAUCUGUCAAUCAGACAGGUGACAAUCAUAUUAAUCAUUCUGCAGAAUGAAGUGCUAUCUGUUUCAUCCCCUUGAAUCACUGUGUAAGCAUAUUACAUAAUAACUGUAUAUAUUGUUUGAGGCCCGGUCAUUGUUGGUUGACGUUAGAAGUAUAUUUUAUAAAAAAAAAAAAAAAUACACCCCAGUUUUCUUAUAUGUAUGAGCGCUUAUAUUUCAGUGAUGGUAUGCAAGUGAGCGAGAGUGGCCAGGUGUUUAUGCUUGGAUUGAAUUACAGUCUGGGACCCUGGAUUUUGGUCCUGGCAUUUAGUUUAAAUUUUAACUAUAAUAUUUUGCUAAUGAGUGAAUUACUUUACCUCAAAAAUAUGAAAGAACUUAAUUACUAUAUGUAGAUAAGGUACAGUAGGCUUCCAUGACUCUGAAUUACAUGAUAAUUUGUUGGGAUAACACUUUUGUGUUUGUCCUUUUCAUUUCGUUUCAAUUCAUUUCAUUUCAUUUAUGUUGUUGAUUAUUUUAAAUGUGGGAAGUGCAAAACUUACUCACUUAUUCUCUGUACCACUUAUUCUUUACAGGGUCGCAUGGGGCCUGGAGCUUAUCCUAUUUUUGUGUGUAAAUGAUUUGAAAAUUUUAA